CUGGAUGCAUCGUCAUCGUCGCCGUGAAUUACCUGUCAAAGCUAGCCACCUGCUCCGACUCAGCUCCACCCACAUCCUUCCCUUCCCUCUUGCCCUGUCGUCGUCUCUGCUUAUCUCCGCCCUCCUCUUCCUCGUCGUCCUCAUCGUCUUGCGGUCUAGCUACUAGCUCGGUAGCUCCACCUCCACUCCUCUCCUCGAUCGAUCGGUUAAGAUAGAAUAGAUAACGUAGCUGGGCAGCUAAUCGCAGAGGAGAAUUCAACAGCAAGAGGAAACAGAGGAGAAUUCAACAGCAAGAGCAAGAGGAAGGAAGAAGCAUGGAGAGGUACGAGCCCGUUCGGGAGAUCGGAGCGGGCAACUUCGGUGUGGCCAAGCUGAUGCGCAACAAGGAGACGCGGGAGCUCGUGGCCAUGAAGUUCAUCGAGCGAGGGAACAGGCUAUUAGAUCGACGAGAAUGUUUUCCGCGAGAUCGUGAACCACCGUUCCCUUCGUCACCCCAACAUCAUCCGCUUCAAGGAGGUGGUCCUGACGCCGACGCACCUGGCCAUCGUCAUGGAGUACGCUGCCGGCGGCGAGCUGUUCGAGCGCAUCUGCGAGGCCGGCCGCUUCCACGAGGACGAGGCGCGCUACUUCUUCCAGCAGCUGGUGUGCGGGGUCAGCUACUGCCACGCCAUGCAGAUCUGCCACCGCGACCUCAAGCUCGAGAACACGCUGCUCGACGGCAGCCCAGCGCCGCGCCUCAAGAUCUGCGACUUCGGCUACUCCAAGUCCUCCGUCCUGCACUCGCGCCCCAAGUCAACGGUCGGCACGCCGGCCUACAUCGCGCCGGAGGUGCUCUCCCGCCGGGAGUACGACGGCAAGCACGCCGACGUCUGGUCCUGCGGCGUCACGCUCUACGUCAUGCUCGUCGGAGCAUACCCAUUCGAGGAUCCGAAGGACCCCAAGAACUUCCGCAAGACAAUCUCGAGGAUCAUGUCGGUGCAGUACAAGAUUCCAGAGUAUGUGCACGUCUCCCAGAACUGCCGCCACCUGCUCUCCCGCAUCUUCGUCGCAAACCCCUACAAGAGGAUCACCAUGAGCGAGAUCAAGAGCCACCCCUGGUUCCUCAAGAACCUGCCGCGGGAGCUCAAGGAGGAGGCGCAGGCGGCCUACUACAGCCGCCGGGGAGGAGGAGACGCCAGCGCCGGCGCCGGCGGCAGCGCCACCAGCAACAAUGCCCCCGCCGCCACGUUCUCUGCGCAGAGCGUGGAGGACAUCAUGAGGAUCGUGCAGGAGGCGCAGACGGUGCCCAGGCCGGCCAGGCCCGUCGCCGGCUACGGCUGGGGCGCCGCCUCGGACGACGAGCAAUACGACGACGACGACGACGCACAAGACCAGGAGGAGGAGGGGGAGGAAGAUGACUACGACAGGACGGUCAGGCAGGUGCACGCCAGCGGGGAAUUCGACAUGAGCAAGCUCCAAAUCUGACCUUAGUGAUCGGCAAGCCACAGCUUAAUUAGCAUGGAUUUUGUGUUCCUGUUUUCAACAUUGAUUUUUUUUUCUUCUCUUUCAUCAUAUAUUCUAAGUUGUUAGCGUUGCUAUUUCUCAGUUCCAACCUCCCCGCUUGAGAUGUAAUUUUCAUCUCCACCGCCACCAGGAAAGGGCAGAGUCCUACAUGUCAUUAACACGCGAGCUGACAGCAUACACCACCAGGUUACUCAA